CGUCGACGCCAAGCAACCCAAGGCAAGCCAAGUCGCCAGCCACUGCGCUCGCUCGGGAUCCAUCCAUCCAUCCCCCUCGUCCUCGUCCUCGUCCUCGUCUUCGCCUCCUCCUCCGCCCGCCCGCCCCUUGAUCCCGAUCGACGACGCCAACGCCAGAUCCCCUUCCACUCGAGACGCCGGCUCCUCACCCGCCCGACCGACCGACCGACCGCCCGCCGAUUCCACAUCCCUCCCCGGCCUUCAAGCAGUGAAGGAACCUUAUGAGCUGGUUGGCUGGGGCUUUACUCCAAUUCUGGUGCUACUAAGAUGGGUCAGGGCCUGCUCAACAACAAGUUUGGGACAAGACUAACCAUAGAUGAAAUAGCAGGCGCUUACCAUUUCUCGCUCCUGCUCUCCCCCGUGGUUUCCUUCUGGGACUGCAUCUUCCGCAAGAUAAGAUACUCAUUCAGACCUGAGUGGGUGUAGCAUCCUGCAGUCACCCGUCUUAGCAAUAGUUCCUUUCUUUUUCUUCCUCAUCAUCAAAAUAAAUAAUUAAAAAAUAGACGGACAGAGGGGCUCCUACUCUUAGGAAACCACCUGCCAAGGUGUCCAAAGAAUGAGCUUUGAACAUUUUGUCUUCUUUCUUCCCUAAUUAUACCUAGUUGUUAGUAGAGGAGUCUACCAGAGGUAAUAGUUAGUAGUAAAUAGCAGCAGGCACGGUUGUCAUGGACAAGGCUAUCAUGAGCAAUAAUCAGGCAGGCAAAGUCUUGAAGAAAGGAAAAAAGAAACAGGCCAAGGAUGAACUGGAUCGCCAGAAGCAGGCUGAGAAGAAGCGGCGCCGCCUGGAGAAAGCGCUGGCAAACUCGGCUGCCAUCAUCUCAGAGCUGGAAAAGAAGAAGCAGAAGAAGAAGGAAGAACAGCAAAGGCUGGAUGAGGAAGGUGCUGCCAUAGCUGAAGCAGUUGCUCUUCAUGUUCUCAUAGGUGAGGACUCCGAUGAACCCUGCCAUUUGAUGCUCAACAAGCACAUCAGGUGCAACCAUUGGGAUGCCUCGGCUGCUUUUGAAUUCACCGUGGAUGCACAAUCCACUGAUAUCUACCCCUCUGAUGAUGGACUGAUAUGCGCCAGCCAUGCGUAUGCUCCCAGACCCAAAGGGAGAUGGGCUGAUUGGGGGAUUGGCCAGCCAUUGCCAUCUUGGGGAGAAGUGAGUGACCUCCAGGGCCCGUACUAUCAAGGAACAUUCCAUCAGUCUGUUACCUGCCCUGGUUUCAUAGCCGCCCAAGCUGUGUCAUCGUUGCAGAUCAGAGAAGAGUCAUCAGAGAUCACCUCUCCAAGCCAAGGGGCGGCUGCUGCAACCGUGGUUAACAGGAUGCUUGGUGGCACCAACAGGCUCAACCUUUACAGAGAGAUAUAAACAUUAUUACACUUGCCAUAGUAGUAUUGUAUAUAGUCACCCAAAAAAGAUGUGUUUGACUGCAUUGCCUGCGAUAUAUAGUCUUCUGGUUCCGAAAGAAAUGGAUAGAACAUCUUGUUUGCUGUUUUCUUUGCCAAAGGAUAUUUUGUAUCAGUUAACAUUGGUAUUGUAAUGUGAACAGAUAUGCUUUUGAUGAAUUGAUCGAUUCUCGUUGCUUA